AUGAGCCGAGUGGGCAGCAAGGACGACGAGUCCGCCUUUUGCUUUAAAAUCUUCACCGGCUGGGACUACAUGAUUGGCAACAGCGAGACGGCCUACAAUAAGGUCGCCUCGCUGGUGAUGAGCCUGAAGGAGUCGAUUCUCGAGGAGAAAGAGCGCAAAAAGGAGAAAACCAGCUGGAAACGGAUCUGUCUGCUCAUUUUCACCAAUCUUUGCGUUCUUGCGUUGUUGGCUUCCUCCGCCUACGCCGUUGUCCUCGUCGUUGAGCGCUCACAGGAGAUUGAGAACAAUAAGAUAGAGAACCCCAGUUGGCUGAGGGCGAAUGAGAACACACUGGUCGUGGCGGGCAUCAGCAACAUCUAUCCAAACAUUUUCGACUUUAUUGGCAGCCUGGAAAAUUACCACCCACGAAUUGCACUUCGCUGGCAGCUGGGACGCAUUCUCGUCCUCAACUUUCUCAACUUGUACACGCUGAUGCUGUCACUCUUUGAUAAGGUUGACAAAAAGGUACUUUUAUUUUGCAACUUCUGUACUAUAACACGAUUUAGUUUUAAUCUGAUUAUUUAUCUGACUUUUUUUCAAACUUCAUUCCCACAGACCGCCGAACUUCGCCUGAUCAAGGGGAACAUCUCGCUGACACGCCAGCAGCUGGACAUUGUGGCGCUCUCCACGACGGCCACCUUUCGCGUCAAGCGAGACGGUCGAGAAGAGUACGCCGACUACGAGGACAGCGACGACUCGACGCUUUUUCCGCCGGCCAUCAUCUACGACCCCUACGAGGUGGCAGUCAACAACAACAACAACAAUCGGGAUGAGCAGUCCAUGGAGGGGCGAGAUCGUUUUGAUGACUCACAGAAUUUUGCCGAUAGUGGCAGCACCACCACUAGCCCACCGUGGAUGUCGACAACGUUUACUAGUUUUAGUGGUGGUGGUGGUGGUGGUGGUGGUAGCGGUCCUGGUGGCCAACGAUCUUCAGCAUCAAAUCGAAGCACUUGGAGCACCUCAUCAGGAGUGCACCACACGUCCAACACAAGUGGAGAACACAACCGAUUAGCUGCUCCUCCUGCCGGCUCAAUGUCAGUCACCCUGACCACUCAAUGGUUUUCCUCAAACGACAAUGGCAGCAGCAGCAGCAGCAGCACCAGGAAGCCGCCCAAAAGACCGACCACCAAGCCUCGAACUCGGCUGAAAGCCGGCCAAAUUACCACCACCACCGAGAUGGUCACUGAGAGUCUCCUGCUGGCGACGGAGCCGAAUUUGGGCAGCUGCGAAAACGUCACCGAGUACCAAAUUACCGACGAGGACCUGAUGGCGCUGAACUCAACGGUGAAGGACCGCCUGCGGAAGCUCUGCUGGGAGACGAUGUUCGGCCAGGAGCUGAUCAAGCUGACCGUCAUGGACCUGGUGGUGCUGAUCGCCUCCACCCUGGUCGGCGACUUCUUCCGCGCCCUCAUCGUCCGCUACUGCAACGGCUGCACCUGCAUCUGCUGGGACCUGGAGAAGAAGUGGCCCGGCUAUGGGGACUUCAAGAUCGCCGAGAACAUUCUCCACCUGGUCAAUAACCAGGGCAUGAUCUGGCUGGGCAUGUUCUUCAGCCCCGGCCUGCCCGCUCUCAACACCGUCAAGCUGUGUUUGCUGAUGUACUUCCGCUCCUGGGCGCUGCUCACCUGCAACAUUCCCCACGAGACGGUGUUCAAGGCCUCGCGGAACAACAACUUCUACUUCAUCCUCCUCCUCUUCAUGCUCUUCCUCUGCACACUUCCGGUCAGCUACGCCGUCGUCUGGCUGGAACCGAGCUGGCACUGCGGCCCCUUCAGCGACUACGCCCGUAUCUACAAGAUUCUCAGCAACUACGUCAGCUCCAAGCUGAACAGCACCUUCAACAAGGUCCUCGACUACCUGACGUCGCCGGGGGCGGUGCUGCCGCUGCUCCUUCUGAUGGUCCUCUUCAUCUACUACCUCCUCUCCACGGUCAGCUCGAUGAAGGAGGCGAACAGGGAGCUGAAGUCGCAGCUUCGCAAGGACAAGGACCAACAAAAGAAGAAAAUACAGAAAAUUCCCAUGAUAAACCGUCCUUGA